AUGGUAGGUCUUGGCCCUGGCGACGAUGCGGUACAGCCCGUUCAACCAAACGUCCAAGUCCCCAAUCCUUCUCGGCCUGAAUUAGCACAAGUCGAUGAAAACCCAGAACUCGAACGUCGUUUUAGGGAAUUGUCACGGUCUAUGUUGAAUCGGUUUGCCAAAGAUGAGGGAAAGGUCAAGUGUGAUGACGACUAUGAACUACUCUUGCGAUUUCUACUCGAGCCACCAGGAAUGAAGCUUAUCGAAGUCUUGUCAAAGGAGCCGUAUGAUCGCAAAUUGACGAGGCUCCUCAAAUAUCUUCUGAAGGCCAAAAGAGAGGGCGAUGCAUAUACUUUGCCCGCAAAACAACAAAACUUGGCUAUUGAUUUGAUUCGCGACCUCAUUGGAGAAGUAGGAGAUGAUAUAUCGGAUAAAGAUAGAAAGGCUUUCCUUGAACCAUUAGUGACAAAGGCUGCACAGAAGUUCUUGGAAGGAUUCAAUAAUGCUAUUUGGAACGAGAAACCUUUUCUUCCACAGCUUCUUCUGACAAUUCUUGAAUCCUUGAACAAGGGUGUCAUUGAGCCAGAACAUCGAGCACCCCCUGCUAAUCCUGAGAACCAGAUGCAAGCCCUUGUUAAUGGGUAUGCCAAAACAGAGUUUGGUUCGUUUGUUUUUACGAAAUUGUUUUCAUUGCCGCCAUCUCCGGAGAUGAUUGACAUCAUGAAAGCAAUUAGUUCUGGCAAUGAUAAGGCAAUAGAAUUGAUCAGCUCAAUGGCUACACUGAUGAGUGCCGAUUCAGUUGAAGAUCCCAGUCCUCUGGAAAUAGUCGGAUUGGUCUCCACUAUGUCAAGCCAUGCUGGUCUUGAACUCAUUCUGUCGUUGUACCAGCCAUCUACUCGAGACAACUUCAAACAAUAUAUAAGAGAUAGGUACUCAUCUUUAACUUCGGAAAUUCCUGAAAAUACCAAUGAAGGAAACUGGCCAUGCGAACAUAUCGGGCGCACAAGUUGGACGCCUAAACUUUUUGAAUUGGAUCCUCCUGAUUCGAAUGAAUGCCCACCACUUUCACAAAUUUCGAUCAAAUCAACAUUGAAAUCACAUCUUGUUGAUAUCGAAGAUUUCGAGAAUAUGAUAUUCGACAUGAUUGAUUUCCAACUACAACUUGUUAUUUACAAACCAUCUUUAAUUGAACGAAAGCUUGUGACAGUCAUUCUCUAUUCGGUGAAAGACAGUGUUGUGGCACAAACAUGUUUUCUUAGAGAAAGCUAUCGCAAGAUUUUUGAAUCCUUAAUCAGGAAAGUGGAGUACCUUGAUGCUGUUCUGAGUGGCGAAUUGGUUGCGGAACACCCAAUUCCAAAUUUACAAUUGGGAGUUGAUAUUUAUAAUCAGUACCAAACUAUGACUGAGGAGAAUUUGAGAAAACUUGAGGAUUUGGUGAAGCCAAAUAAGGAAAAUGAUGUGCACUUGAAAGCAGGGCCUUUUGUGAUUUGGACUACAUUCCAAUCAUGUUCCAUCACGAAGUUGCAAUUAGCUUUAAAGGAGUUCCAAAUGCUCACAUACUCUGUUUUGGGUGGCAUCCUCUAUUUCGAAUCCGAAAAAGGCUGGAAUCGCCUCGAUACUCUGGCACUUCUUGCUGACCUAGCUGAUGUUGAUAGAUCUGACAUGAACGCUCCUGAUGAGCCAGCUCAGGAUAAAUUUAGCGAAUUAUUAGCGACUAGCCGGAGUCCCGAACUAUUCCAAGAGAGAUUUAUUAAUGGGAAGCUUUUCAACCAUAUAGAUAAAUCUCAAUGGGAGAAUUGGUUCGUUCUUCUCUAUUUGAAGAUGAUUGGCAAGUAUUGUCACGGGCCCGAUGGUACUCCUUAUGUGCUAAAUUAA